AUGCAGACCGUUCCCAGUCUCGUGGGAACUGGCACUGCCGUUGCUGCAGCGGCCCUCGGUCUCGUCUUUGCCCAUCCCGACGACGAGUCGAGUUCCACACAGUCUGCCUCGAACAAGAGGAAACUAGCCUCAGACCAAGACAUUCCUCCGAAUCAUCGACUGAGCAAUCCCCCUGUCUCGUCGCGCCCCGGCACCAGUUCUUUCGCCCAGUUGCCGACUCCCACAGACGACGCACGCUACACCACGCUCCCCAACCACCAAUUCUCCUUUUCCAACUCGAACGAGCCCUCGUCCCCGCGCCCGUCCCGCCCCCUCAGCUCGCACUUCAGCUUUGCGCCGUCGUUGCUGCACAGCAGGAGAGCCUCGUACGUGAAGCAGGGAGACCAGCCCGCACCGCCCUCCGUCACGGAGGAUUCGAGGGACUCUGUUUCGUCCAAUGGGUCCUGGAUGAGGCGCUUGUCACUCCGGCCAUUGUCACAACACGGAAGCAUCAGAUCAAGCCUGGGUCUCGACAGCCAGUCCGUCGCCUUUUCACACGGUUCCGCAGCCCCGAUUUUGUCACCGACCGGCUCGAUCCCUCCACCGCUGCCACCAAAUAAACUAGUAAAGCGACCGCCUUCGGCACACCAGAAUGGUCCUGUGAUGCGCCGCCGUUCCAAGACGCACCUUCCCAGUCUUCGCCGACCCGCGACCAGUCACCAGAGAUCCGCCACCCUGCACCAGAUCCAUCACGACGUAAAUCUCAUCGAGCCCAUUCCCGAACCCAAAUUCUCCUUCGACCACUACCUCCAUCACGCGGGAGACGGUGCGUUGCCUUCACCGCGACCAGAAGACGACUCGACUUCCCAAAAACCGAAAUCGAGCACCAAGUGGACCUCGUUCUUCCACACGCGCAGAGUCAAUGUCACUGCACGAAGCGCUCCCGAUCGCCUAAUUGACCGCAGUCCCAGCACCCGAUCCUCCUUGGCCACAACAAAACGCAUACUGGUGUCUAGCAACGGGAAGCAGAGCAUUUACCUAAUUGGUGGUGGUAUGCUAGGCGCCACUGUUCCGCCUUUCGAGGACGUCCCAUCGCUUGUGGAGGACGCAGUUGUGGUUGACGAUACGCGCGACCAAGUUGGCGGCGAAAAGGAACCCGAGGAAGACGACACCCCAGAAACACCAGAAGAUACGCCGACCAAACGCACGAGAAUCUCGAUGCAUUUCAACUCUCCAAACUGGAUCCCGAGGUCGGGCAGCCUUCGGCGCUCAAAGCGCGGGGCGGGUUCUCGAGGUGGUGGUGGGAGCAAGCGGCAUGUGUCCGCGCCUACGACGACAUCCCCCGGUCGCGCCCAAGACGGCCAUGUUGCGUCUGCGGACGCAGACGACUCCCAAACGUCGCCAAAGCACCAAACAGCCGCCAACCUGGACCCCGCAUCUGCUGCACAGUUCAACCCACGCAGUCGCAACUCUUCAUCGCCUUUGCCUCCGCUUUCGCGACUUUCCAGCUUCAACGUCGACAUUUCCAAACUCGGCUCCUCAGGGGGCGCCACUCCGUCGCCCCGUUCUAUCCAACCCUCCGGCAGUUCCCAGGGCUCGUCGGCGUUCGCUGCGUACAACCGCAGUGCUCAGACCGAUCGAAGCUCCACUAUGAACAGCUCCGACUUCGAUGCUAGGGAUUUCAUCUCGGGCGAUGACGACACGGAUUUCAAGAGCGAGACUGUCUUCGACUCAUUACGGACUGCCGAGUCCGAUCGUAAUCGCGCAGUCGAGACCCCGCUCGACCACAUGUUUGACGAGUCGCCGCCAAGCACUGCUGGACAUCCCAGGACCAAGCGACUGUCCAUUCAAGAGAUUCUCGGCCGUUCAUGGGACGCCGAUGACAGGAUCAUGGAAGAGGAUGAGAAUAUGCCGACGCCGGUUCGUGUCAAUCAUGAGCCAAGAAUACGCACCGAUUCCGAUGUGAUGGCGCCCCGCUACAGUCUUGAGCGACCUUCGAACGAGUAUUCGCUUGGAAGCAAGGACUUUGGCCGCUUAUCAAUCGAAGAUGAUUUUGACGACGACUGGGCUCGCGACGAGGACGAGAUGGCCUACAGCAAUCAGCUCUCGCCCCCCAGUUCGAUGAACUCCCGCGGCGUCAGCCCUAAUUUGCGCAUGGCGCUCGCCAGCAUUAGUGGCAAUGGCAACGCCGACGCGGCACACGAUCCCAGCGAGAGGCCACGCAGCAACAUAUUUGACUGGAGCGAGCCGACCCAGGACAAGUCGGACCAUGGCAGCUCGUUUCGGCCCAAGACUGCCUAUGGAAAGCAGGAACUUGACAUUAGAGGUGGUCGCGCGGCAAUUCGAAAGGGCCCCACGGCCAUGCACGUCCGCAGCCAGAGUGUCCCCGUAGUACACGAUCCCACAGAUAGCGCGACGAUGAACCCAAAGUUUGGCACUUGGGGACUGAGCAGCAAGACUGUGAGCGAGGACUGGGACGACGACUUUGAGUUUGGCGGCAACGAGAGUGAAGACCAGGAAGCUGACAGCGCAUUCGCCAUGGUUGUCCCCGCCUCCAUCCAGGCCUCCCAGCCCAGCCUCAAGCAGCACUCCGGACACAUCAGAGAGUUGUCUCUGCUCGUCAACGAUCUCAAACGCUUGUGUCGACUUGGCCGGGAUUUGGACAUGCUCGGUGGCUCUAAUGCCGGUGUCUGGAAGGAAGCUGAGGGGAUCAUCGCGCUCGCAUCGCCCGACGAAGAUGAGUUGGAGGGCAUGGACGUAGACUCUUCGUCCAUCAUGAGUGGGUUUGACGCUGUGUCUCCCGCCCCCAUCGAGAAGGAAGAUCCCUUCGACGAGGUUCACGAGCUGAACGUGUCCAAGACGGCUGUCAUUCGUGAACGACCUGCAGGUCGCAGACGUUCUGUCUUCUCGCCUGACGACGACAUAUUUGGCGGAAACAGCCCCGCCCCGGAUGAGCUUCCUCCUCCCCGCCCGAGAACACCUGAGAACAACAUCAACAUGGGCGGUCACGACGUCACCGACAUUGUCAGAUCCGUCCUCGACGCCAUGCAGCAGCGGUCUGUCUCUGACUCGGCGCGCGAUGACAAGCUACACUUUGGCACCAACAGCCUCAAAGCUUUGGUCAAGCGCGCAGGCGAUCUUCGGGACACACUGUCAGAGGUUGUACGCCGCGCAGAUCAGAUCACGUCGAGCCCUGCACGGACUCCCCGUCAGCACAGCGAUAGCCCGGCUUUCACUCGGGUCUUUACCCCGGAACACACCCCGUCCCCGUCUAGCCCACCGAAGAAGUUACCUCACAGCCGGAGCACAAACUCUGGGCUCGGCCGUGCAUCUGUCGACGCUUCGCCAUCAAGCGGCUUGCAACGGAUGCAAAUGAUGACUGUCAGCUGA